CCCAGCCAGAAGAGGCUGAACUGCUUUCAAUUCUUGUCAGCCCCUGCCCUCCCGUUGCACCUGUCCUCUGUGGAGAUGGAGAUCAAGGCCUGCUGUGAGUGUCCCUGGUCCUUUCUGCCCAGCCCGUGAGGACUGUGUAUGGCACAGUCCCUUGGCCACAUUCUUGUCAUGUCUGUCUGUCCCUCCUCCCUGCUGCUGUCCCCUCCUCCCGCUGCCACCACCCACCUCAGACUUCCUCCUUCACUUGGUUGGACGUCACACCACAUCCCACCAGCCGCUGGACUGUGGUGUCCAGUGCACGUCUGACCACCAUGGGGGCCCUGGAGCCCUCCUGGCACCUUCUGUUGCUUCCUGCCCUUCUGACCGUGGGAGGAUUAAGUCCCGUCCAGGCCCAGAGUGAUUGCAACUGCUCUCCGGUGAGCCCGGGUGUGCUGGCUGGGAUCGUGCUGGGUGACUUGGUGCUGACGUUGCUCAUCGCCCUGGCUGUCUACUCUCUGGGCCGCGUGAUCCCUCGAGGCCGAGGGGCAGCAGAGGGGACCCGGAAACAGCGCAUUGCAGAGACGGAGUCACCUUAUCAGGAGCUUCAGGGCCAGAGGCCAGACGUCUACAGCGACCUCAACACACAGAGGCAGUAUUACAGAUGAGCCCACACUAUGCCGACCAGCAACCUGAUGCCUGAAUCCAGCCAUUCCUGAUGCCUACUCAACAUGCCCUCCCUGGGAUACAGAUCCACAGAGUGCUCCCCCCGAGAUGUCUGACCUCUCCCCACUUCUGUCCACAAAUAAAUGACGGAGCAAAAACCA